UUGGUUGUUAUCCCUUUAGGGAACACGAGUAGGAUUGGCGGAAUCCCCGAUUUUAUCAGAUUAGAGACUUUGGACGGUACCGUGAAUCAGAAGUCAGUUUUGUCAUGUAAGAAGGUAUGAUGGACUAUAUCUAUUUCAUCCUGCUGUUGGCCAUUUUAGAGGUGGACCACGUGUUUUCUUAUAACUACUCAUUGACUGCAGCGAUCGCGGGUUAUAAAGGUUCCAGUCAAAUAGAUGAAUUCCGGCAAGCGCUGAAGAAACAGACCUCUAACGACGAUUACUGCCAGGUUGAAUUUCUACAGUUAGAUUAUGACCAAGCUGACGGAACUGCUGUGUUUAACAGCCUUGAGAAAGCACGUAGCACGCUGAACAAUGAUUCAGUGGCUGUAGUCCUGGGCCCGUACAUUGAUGUCUUCACAUCAAUGGCCUACGUUAUCACCAAACAGGCACAUCUCAUGACAGAAAAGUCCGAGAGUUCAGAGGCUUCUUCGAGAUCUCUCCCGAUUCUUCCAGACUCAGGCUCCUUGUCAGAUGCUGUUGCAAAGAUUAUAGCUGAUAUGAUGAAGUGGGAAAACAUAGCUUUCUUAUCUCAGAAUGACUUCUCGCCAGUACCAAAGUUAAGCCGUAGAAACGUGAAGGUGUGGCCGAUCCGUCUUCCACAGUCCAUAAGGUCCGAGAAUGACAAAGAACUAAUGUUGACCCUCACCAAUUUACGCAGCGCCCAAAAGACGAGGCUGGUCCUCCAUUCGAUGGAUAGCUCUGUUGUCAAAUUCGUAAUCAAAGCAGCAGAAAAAUUACUUUUAUUGCACAAUUCCCUGAGUUGGUUUAUCACGUAUCUGGACUUUGCGGACGUGGCCUCCAUCAUGAAUAGAACGGCCGAUAUAUAUGGCCUUCAGCUCCUGGACAGGACCUCGAUAUCCUCCUCAGACUCUGAAGAUGACCUUCGGAAUGCCGUUCUCAGCGACACCGUGGCCUUGUUACGUCACUUCCUCCAUCAAAAGUACGACUGCUCAUCAGAGCCCCUACAGAACACCAACAUGAAAUCCGGUGAUGUCUUGGAGUUUGUCGAAAAUCUGCCUUAUGGAAAAAGUAUACCUUAUAUCGGAGCCAAUAGUCAGUAUGUGUGGACCAACACGAGCGACAAUACAGGGAAAAUGAGGACACAGUAUUCCUUUGGAAUUAUGGGAUUUAAUGGGACUACCACAAAGAUAGGUAAUUGUACCUUCGCUGGAAAGGACAUAACUAUUUUGGACACCAAACGAAUGCCCAGCCCUGAUAACAGUCUGAAAAAAGUCCUGGCUGGCCAGAUGUUCACAGUUAUUACACGGGUGGAGCCGCCAUUUGUAAUGAAAGCGGGAAGGGGUCAGUACUACGGAUUUUCUGUCGAUGUCCUAAAUGAAAUAGCGAAGUUGAUGAACUUUGAUUACAAAAUAAAGGAACUGGACAGUUUUACCGGGAACAGGAGCGAUGCCAAAGCCGACUGGGACACUUUAAUAAAACAACUCAUUGUCGGGAAUGCGUCGAUGGCCAUAGGCUCGUUGGCGGUGAAGUCGAGCAGGGAGGAGCAAAUUUCCUUCUCCUUUACGAUCAUAUCCUCCACCAUUAGCAUGCUCUCCAAACGACCUGUGACGUCACCAGUCUUGUUCCAAUUUCUCUGGCCGUUCAGUUGGCAACUCUGGGUGGUCAUUAUUGCAUUCUACGUCGUGGCCGGUGGAGCACUGUGGGUCAUGAGUCGAUAUGACGUCACUCAAAAUGAUUCCGAGCAACAAUUUAAUUUGAAAGAAAGCAUUUGGUACUCAGCUAACCUUUUUCUUGGAGGGGGCACGGAGUACUCCCCGCAGACCACCUCCAUGAGGACCAUGGUGGCGUUUUUCUGGUUCUGUACGCUGGUUAUCACCGCCGCGUACACAGCGAACCUGGCGGCGUAUCUCACACUGCAGCAACAGGACACGCGCAUCAAAACAUUGGACAAGCUCUCCAAACAAAUGACAGUCAAAUACGGUCUGGAGAGAAAUAGCGAUCUCAUGUACUUUUUCAAAAACUCUUCCAUAGAGCCGUACGAGCGCAUGUGGGCCACCAUAAAACUGGAAGAAUCUAUACGAUUGGUUCCCGACCGAGAGACUGGUGUUCGAAUGGUCAAAAAUGGCGUGAACGGAAGUGAUUUCAAUUUUCUUGAUUUGGCUGUGAUAAAUGAGUACGCUUCUUUACAGCAGUGUGACAUGCAGUCUUUUGAUCAAAACUUCAAGGAAACCAAGUUCAGCAUGGGAUUCCCUAAUGGCGCUCCAUACAAGGAUGAUAUAAACAGGGCUAUUUUAACUCUGAAAGAAAGAGGAAGUUUGGAUGACCUCAAAAAGAAAUGGUGGGAUAUUCCGUCUACCAACGAAUGCAAAGACUACGUUAGACCGGAAGACAUGAAAAAACCGACAGCGGAACUAGACCUGGACAAUAUGUUGGGGGUUUUCAUCGUCCUGUUGGCGUGCGUCAGUUUGUCUGUGAUGAUCGAGAUUUCGAAGAGGGUCAUGAUGUUAAUCAACGGUCGGAAAAAAGGCUUGACAUCUCAACAGUCAUAACAAAAUGAUGGUAGUGAUUAUAGCACAUACCCUGUAUCAUUCUUGUUUUGUUUGUGGAGCGCGGGGAUAAGAUCGCAUUCGCUAAGGAUUCCGAUUCGCUUCUCUCAUCUUCAGAAGAUGAAACCGAAUUUUGAAAGACGCGAACAAUCAAAAUGCGUCUAACAUAAAUAGUGACAAUGUUGAUGGAAAUAUUUAGGUCUACCCUUGAAAACCAGUAGACCUAUAUUUUCCAACACCUUUUACAAUUGUCAACAUUACUGCAAUAUAUGUAAUACAAUCUGAUUGUAGUACUUCUAUAGCGGUUAGUGAUUUCCCCUCUAAUUCUUGUGCCGUAAAAUAUACCGGGUUAAGUUCUAUAGCUGUUGGAAAGCUUGUCAAUAUUUUAUAUGUUGUAAAAAUAUGGUGCAGCCAUUAAACUGUUUCUAGUUCAUGUA